AUGGCACGUGCCUUUCUGAUCCCAUACACCCUGUUCCUUAUCAUCGCCGGGAUGCCUCUGUUCUACAUGGAGCUGGCCCUGGGCCAGUACAACCGAGAAGGGGCAGCCACAGUGUGGAAGAUCUGCCCAUUCUUCAAAGGAGUGGGCUACGCCGUGAUCCUCAUCGCCAUCUACGUUGGCUUCUACUACAACGUCAUCAUUGCCUGGUCGCUCUACUACCUCUUCUCCUCCUUCACCCUCAAACUGCCCUGGACUGACUGCGGCCAUUCCUGGAACAGCCCCAACUGCACUGACCCCAAGCUCCUCAAUAGCUCCAUGCUGGGCAACCACACCAAGUACUCCAAGUACAAGUUCACGCCCGCAGCGGAGUUCUAUGAGUAA